AUGGUUGACAUCUUGGGGCACUUGUGCAUACCCCAUAGGUCGGAGACUGCGAUCGACACCAACUUGUACAGCCGGCAGAUCGGCACCUUCGGCAUGGAGACCAUGGGGAAGCUCAUCCAGAUGAAGGUCCUCAUCUCCGGCCUUCGGGGUUUAGGAGUAGAGGUCGCCAAGAACCUUAUCCUCGCCGGACCUGCUAUGGUGAUCCUGCAUGAUGAUUCGAUUGCUGAGCAGCGGGACUUGGGUGCCAACUUCUACCUGACGGAGCAGGAUGUGGGCAGCCGGAUGCGGGCCGAGGCAAGCCUAAAGCAGCUGUCCGAGCUCAAUCCUUACGUUUCGGUGCGGACGCAUCAGGGGCCGCUGACCGAAAAGCUCCUGUCAGGGGUGUCCCUGGUCGUCUUUUCCGAGACGAGCCAGUCGGAGCUGUUGAGGUGGAAUGAAGUUUGCCGGACUCGAAAUCCACCUGUUGGCUUUAUCGCCGCGGACUGUUUCGGGCUUGCCUCCUCGGUUUUUGUCGACUUUGGGGAGUCGUUCACAUGCCGGGACAAGGACGGCGAGGAGCCACGAAGCGCCAUAGUCUCCGGUGUCACGCUCGAGAGCCCUGGCACGGUGCACACACACCAGGACCGUCGUCAUGGCUUCAACGAUGGCGACUGGGUUGUUUUCCGGGAGGUCCAAGGCAUGACACAGCUCAACGAUGGCAAGCCCAGGCAAAUCAAGGUCACAGGACCCUACUCGUUCUCGAUAGAGGACACGACAGGGUACAGC